AUGCCGGCUCUGCCAGCACUGCUGCUGUCAAUACACUUCCUCCCCUUCCUGUUAGUCACCAUGCUGCCAAGCUCCCUCAGUCAGGCCCCUUUGCUCUCCUCCGUCCGAAUGGCGGCAAUCCUGGAUGACCAGUCUGUUUGUGGGCGUGGGGAGCGGCUGGCGCUGGCCCUUGCCAGGGAGAACAUCAACAGCGUGAUGGAGGGUCCGUCCAGAGCCCGAGUGGAGGUGGACAUAUACGAGCUGCAAAAAGACUCCCAGUACGACACUACUGACACCAUGUGUCAGAUUCUACCCAAAGGCGUUGUCUCUGUGAUAGGUCCCGCCUCCAGCCCCGCCUCUGGCUCUACUGUCAGUCAUAUAUGUGGAGAGAAGGAGAUCCCUCACGUCAAGAUCGGUCCGGAGGAAACUCCCCGCUUGCCGUACCUGCGCUUUGCCUCUGUCACUCUGUACCCUAGCAACGAGGACCUGAGCCUGGCCAUAGGAGCCAUCUUGCGCUCGUUCAGCUACCCCUCAGCCAGCCUGGUCUGUGCCAAGGCUGAGUGCCUGCUGAGAUUGGAGGAACUGGUCCGCCGCUUUCUCAUCUCCCGGGAGACGCUGUCAAUCAGAAUGCUGGAUGACAACCUGGACCCGACCCCGCUUCUGAAGGAGAUCCGUGACGACAAAGUGGCCACCAUCAUCAUUGACGCCAACGCUUCUGUCUCCUAUCUCAUCCUCAAGAAGGCGUCUGAGCUGGGGAUGACAUCAGCGUUUUACAAGUACAUACUCACCACAAUGGACUUCCCACUCCUGAGACUGGAUGAUAUAGUGGAUGAGCAGUCAAACAUUGUGGGUUUCUCCAUGUUUAACACCACCCACCCCUUCUAUCUGGAGUUCAUCAGGAGCCUGAACCUCUCUUGGAGGGAGGGAUGUGACCUAACAUACCCCGGCCCCGCGCUCUCGUCAGCGCUGAUGUUUGAUGCGGUGCAUGUGGUGGUGGGGGCGGUAAGGGAAUUGAACCGCAGUCAGGAAAUUGGAGUGAAGCCACUCAGCUGCACCUCACCCCAGAUCUGGCAACAUGGCACCAGUCUUAUGAACUACCUGCGCAUGGUGGAGUACGAUGGUCUGACAGGGCGUGUGGAGUUCAACAGCAAAGGUCAGAGGACCAACUAUACCCUGCGGAUUCUGGAGAAACACCGAGGAGGCCACAAAGAGAUCGGGGUCUGGUACUCCAACAACACUCUGGCAAUGAACUCCACCAGUCUAGAUAUCAAUGUCUCAGAGACGCUGGCAAACAAGAUGCUGAUUGUCACCACCAUACUGGAGAACCCAUAUGUGAUGCGCAGAGACAACUACCAGGACUUCCAGGGUAACGACCAGUACGAGGGCUUCUGUGUCGACAUGCUGAAGGAGCUGGCAGACAUCUUGAAAUUCUCCUUCAAGAUCAAGCUGGUGGAUGAUGGCCUGUACGGGGCUCCAGAGCCCAACGGCUCUUGGACUGGCAUGGUCGGAGAGCUAAUCAACAGGAAAGCAGACCUGGCCGUAGCAGGCUUCACCAUCACGUCAGAGAGGGAGAAAGUUAUCGACUUCUCUAAGCCUUUCAUGACCCUGGGGAUCAGCAUCUUGUACAGAGUUCAACUGGGUCGGAAGCCGGGUUACUUCUCCUUCCUCGAUCCCUUCUCUCCAGCCGUCUGGCUCUUCAUGCUGCUCGCCUACCUGGCUGUCAGCUGUGUGCUCUUCCUGGCUGCAAGGCUGAGCCCCUAUGAGUGGUACAACCCUCACCCGUGUCUGAGAGAGCGCAGGGACAUGUUGGAGAACCAGUACACGCUAGGAAACAGCCUGUGGUUCCCUAUUGGAGGCUUCAUGCAGCAGGGAUCAGAGAUAAUGCCCAGAGCCCUGUCCACCAGAUGUGUUAGCGGGGUGUGGUGGGCGUUCACCCUGAUCAUCAUCUCCUCCUACACGGCCAACCUGGCCGCCUUCCUGACCGUCCAGAGGAUGGAGGUUCCCAUCGAGUCUCCGGACGACUUGGCCGACCAGACCAACAUCGAGUAUGGCACCAUCCACGGAGGGAGCACCAUGACGUUCUUCAUGAACUCGCGUUACCAGACCUACCAGCGGAUGUGGAACUACAUGUACUCCAAGCAGCCCAGUGUAUUCGUGAAAAGCACAGAGGAGGGCAUCGCCCGCGUGGUCAACUCUAAGUACGCCUUCCUGAUGGAGAGCACCAUGAACGAGUACUACCGCGGCCUUAACUGUAACCUCACAAAGAUAGGAGGCCUACUGGACACCAAGGGUUACGGCAUUGGCAUGCCACUGGGGUCUCCGUUCAGAGAUGAGCUCACGCUGGCCAUCCUCCAGCUGCAGGAGAAUAACAGGCUGGAGAUACUGAAGAGGCGGUGGUGGGAGGGAGGCCAAUGCCCCAAAGAGGGGGACCACCGCGUCAAGGGUCUGGGCAUGGAGAACAUUGGGGGCAUCUUUGUGGUGCUGAUCUGUGGUCUCAUCAUUGCUGUGUUUGUGGCCAUUAUGGAGUUUGUGUGGUCCACACGCCGCUCUGCAGAGGCCGAUGAGGUAUGCCCCCAUACCUGCCCACGCCGACCCCACAAACACACCCCAGUGUCUGUUUGUCAGGAGAUGAUCACAGAGUUCAGAAACGCCGUCUCCUGUAAGAAGAGCUCCCGUAUGCGCCGCCGUCGGCCCCUCAGCAGCUCCACAGCCCUGCGCCAUCCCACACGCAUCGCUCUGGGGGCCCCUAGGCCCCUGCGCCUGGUCCGAGAGAUGCGCCUCAGCAACGGCAAGCUCUACAGUGGAGCUGGCCCGCUGACAGGUGGAGCUGGAGGAGGUGGAGCAGGAGGGACGGGGCCUCCCGAUCUAGGCCCGGGGCCCCAGCGGAUCCUAGAUGAUCCCCUGGGGGCCAACACCACCCCUCCUCCACCAGCCCCCACCCCUGUGAUGCUACCUGCCCGCAGCUGCACCCACGUGCGGAUCUGCCAGGAGUGCCGGAGGAUCCAGAGCCUGCGAUCAGGCAGCAGUAUCGGAUCAACCACAACAAGAAUACCACCUUCAUCAGCACCCCUGCCAAGGCUACCCCCACCCCCACCCCCAUCCUCAUCCAACACAGACAGUGAGGGCGGAGGGGGGCCCAGCCCAAGGCAGCUACACCACAGCCCACCACCUCAUACCUCUCGACCCAUUCCACCUCCACAGAACAGCAACACCACAGACCUACUGGGUGAGCAGGACUGAGACCAGAAGCAAUGGGCGGAGUGAGUGGGCUGCAGAGAGUGACUGUGACGGUGAUGUUGUGCUGCUGAGAGAGACGCUGCUUCUUUCCACAGGUGAAAUUCAUCGGAGAACAAAAGAGGGAGAGUUGGAGGGAAAAGAAACUCUGCAAGGUCAGCCAAUAGAAAAUGAAGCAACCUUUAAAAGGAGAAUGAAAGAGGUAACCGUGACCUCCAGAUUGGGCUUGAGGCCUACAGAUACAGAACUGGCUACAAGCACGCUGUGAGAUGUUCGUCUGUUAGGCUUCUGUACUCAACUCUGAAGAUCAGUUCAGUUCGGACAAAUCUGAGUGGAAAUGCACAUGACCAGAUGAUGGUUUCUACUGGCCUCCGUUUCCUUCCUCACUCUCGCUCUCACUUCACCUUUUAGAUUGGAGUGCGCUGGUUUUUCCUCCACAGACACUUCCCUCCACUACGCCUCUGGUAAAAUGAAGCCUUGUCGGAGGACAUACUGUAUCCAUAUGUGAUUUAAAACAGCAACUAAAAGACUUUCAGAGAAUUAUUUCCCGUUUUUUCUUUUUCUUUUAUUGUCUCUCUUGUUUUGUUACCAUUGUUCUGAGUGGGAAUUACAGAGUUAAAUACAGACUACGUGUGACAAUAUGGUGAAUUAUAACAUAAUAAUGACACUUGACUUGCGGCUAAUUGUGUUCAAGAGUUUUGUGUCCCUCCCUGUGACCCAUAGCUGCUUUUUGGAUGGUAUCAGGGAAGGUGGAUGGAGCUGCUUCAAGACAACAUAAUGACAAACGGUAGCAGAGGAAACUGUCUGCCUUCCUUUACACUGUGCGUAUGUGCGUUUGUAAAAAUGUGUCCUUCCUGUAAGUCUGUAAUUACUCAAGUGAGGAGAACCAUGUUCCCAGAAACAGCACUCCUCUACAAAUGUUAAAUGAUCAGACAGCCACAAAAAGAGGAGAAAGAGCAAGAGGCUUUGAAAUGUGAAAUUAAUGUCCCUCAUUAUCCCGAGUAACACUUGGCGAGCCUUUACUUCACCUCUGUUCACACAGCGUAGAAGAGAUAGAAAGACAGGGCGAGGCCGAGGCAAAGAGGCAAGAUAGAGAAGAACAGAAACAGAGGAGAUAGAAAGAGGCAGAGUGAAAAGGACACUGCUGAAUUUGAAUAAGAAAUCCCAAACUGAACUACUUCCAUGAUUAGAUCUGUCCUGAUCUUUUAAUUCUGGGCAUCUUUGAAGGGGCUUGUUAACGCGCCAGCAGACUGUAGCUCCAGCUUCUUCCCGUCUCUCUGUUUAGCAGACAGACUUGGCCGUCCGCAGAAGAGGCUCCUGCCAGAGUGAUAGACUCAACACAGCCUUGUCAAUACUGUCUCAAGCUUUCGAUGGCCUAAUUACUCCCCUCGGUGUCUGGGUCUCAUUCAGGAGGGGGUUGAACACAGGGAAACAUGCUGAUAAAAAGAUUGAGAAGAAAUGCAUGUUUUUCACUCUGGCUCAGAAGGGAACCAUGGUCUCUUUUAAUUAUGUUGGUAAUGUUACAGCCCUACUGUUGUGUGAAACUCCCAACUAAAACUAAACACCACAGUAUAUUAGCUAUGGUGCAUAAAGGGAAUACACUUUUGGAUUUGCUUAUUUUAGGCCUUUAAUUUUCAAAUUGUGGACACUUUAUCGCCUAUCUCCCCACUGCUUUCACAGCAAUUCAUUCUGGUAUAAUUACAAAUAGCAUUAAGAAUAAGGCAUACGUUCUAAAUUUUUCUUACUGGCAACAAAUCCAGUGGAAAGACCAAAACCAUCGAUGAAUUGAUGAGCUGAUCUGACUGAUAAGUAGCCAAAGCCUCAUAUAAAGUAUAUAUUUGUUGCCUCAUUAAUGAGACCAAAGUGGCUGAGUGCCACAAACAGGCUGAGGUAGUCGAAAAGUAUUGAGAGGCCAACACGUUCUCACUCCCAACUCAUCAACGACAGUUGGUUAGGGAGCCUGAUACAUACCGACGCACAGAGGCACCCUUUAGCGUCUGUAUGAGUCACACAGCUGUUCAUGUCUAUGUGAAACUAAAAGUAAACAUCGACAAUUUCGUCACAUGAGUCGUUUGUCACGGGACUUCCUGUGAAGAUGGAAGUUUAUUUUGAAAAGACACCUUGCAUGUCACAAGUGGCUCUGACACGUUGAGAAGUGUACCCAGAGCGCUGCAGUUUGAAGGUCAGGAGCACUGAUUAAACGUCUGCGUUUGAGGAGUUGGGAGUGAUGAAUGUGUUGGAGAGACACACCAACACAUUAGUUUUGGUCUUUUCAUGAGAUUUGUUGACAAGAAAAUAAUACAAUAUUGUCAGCCUUAUCCUUGAAGAAGAAAACAACUGAAUGUGAUGAAACCACCAGGCUGCACCAUCACCUCUACAGCAAUUUUAUUAAUCCAAAUUAAAUUCUGCUUCCUGCUUCCAUUGAUUGUUUAGAAUCACAGCACAACAGAUCAGUUUUAGGUCCGGAGUAAAAGAUGAAGCUGUGAUUUGUUACCGCAGCAUUCUUUCCCUUUAGUUUACUCUAAUCAGAUCUGAUGACUUUCAUGUGCUGCAGCUGUGUUCUCUGUUGUACAACCUCUCUGUGGAACGGUCCCCUCAGAAGUAAAUGUCCUGAUUUUUUUGCAUUAAUUGCAUAGAUUAUAUAUAUAUAUUUUUAUAUGAAAUCAUUAUCAAAGCAUUUUCUGCAAUGCAGGUCGUAGACUCAUCAGUGUCUCAGUGUUUAUUGAAUCAUUUGUCUAAUAGUGAUUCACUACUUACUGAACCGGGGGGGUUAUAAGCACCCUUUGAUACCUUGCUCUAAAAACGUCUUUCUGGGGCUGAGAUCCAAGAUUCGAGUGUUGGCUGAUGCAAUGUUUUCAAUAAGAUAUAACUGAAUUCCCAUCAUCCUGUUCAGUGUCAGUAUUUUCUUACUGUUCACAGCUGAUUUUAUGAAUGUAAUACUUUCCGGCGGCUGAUUCUCAAAAGUCAGUGUUCCUGUACGUAUCAAUAGAUUUUUUUGCCCCUGAGUAUCAAAUGUAAAAGGAAUUUGUACCACAGUCCCCGUCUCAUAAAGCCUUUUCGACUCCUGUGAGUCUGCUACCAGCUGCAGGAGCUACAUGCUCUCAGCUCAGAUCUCACCAAACAGCAGGAAAACAAUCCCUCACUGGCUUCUCACCCAUCCAUAUUCAGCAGUAAUACAAAGUGUGUGACAUGACAUGCAAACCCACCAGUUCACCUCUUUACAAAUCCCGCGAAAAACAAAUAUAUACCGGCAUUGUUGUCAGGGCAAACAUUGCAUUGCUGUAUAAAGUUAUGCAUUUUGCAGUGAAACAGAUUUGUCGACACAGUUGUGCUCCAGAUAAUGAAUGAUAACAUUGUUUGCACACAUUAUGCCGUGUCUCUGAAUGACUGCCGUCAGCCGACGCAGGCCUGGAUUUGAUGCGUCUCUUUCUCUCUGUUUACUUCUGCCUUUGUGUUCAGAAUGCUGACAAGGCAACAGGAGCGAGCCCCUUAACACAGGAAGUCACAGUACUCUCGCACACACUCACACAAACAAACACAGCCGUCCGCAACAUCUUCCUUUCUUAUCUCCUCGUUGUCUAAAGGUUGGGAAACCCUCUGGUUGUUUUUGUUGUUUUUAAAUUUGUCUCUUUUUUGUGUCUUCUUCGGUUGGUUCUGUGUGUGAAUUCACAAAAAUUCACAAAUGUGACAGCACCACAGAGCCAAUAAGUGGUCAACAGCUGAAAGCAUUUAUUAGCUGCCAAAAGCAUUAUUGUGGAGAGGCACGAGGAGGGUACAAACCCUAAGAAAGCAAGAUAUUGCCAGUGUGAAUAAUUGCUAUUAUGAAGGGAAGGGAGGGUCACAAAACAAAUCAGUUGGCGUGUCUGAACAGUCGCUCCAUAAAACAAACCUUUUUGUUCAAUUUUUUUUUUUUUUUCUUUGGUAUUUUUUCACAUUUCUAUACUAGUGCUAAAUGGAUUAUCAAAACUGAUGAUGAAUAUUAUGAUUACAUUGUUAUUAUUCCUAUUGAAGACCAAGAGGUUCUAUGGUGUGAUUGUGGGUGAAGGGUGGGGGAUGGGUGGGGGAUGGGUGGUGUUGGGACGAAGGUGCAAUGAUGUUCUUCAGUGAGAUCGCCCUGUUGUUCAAACCUAUAGACACAAACUUCUUUUGGAAUAAAAAUAUUCAAACAGCACUUUUCCUCUUCCUUACUGAUAUGGAAAUGCUGCCGUAAUGCCAGGUGUGGAGGAAGUACUCAGAUCUUUUACUCAAGUAAAAGUGCCACUACAAUAAUGUAACAGUGAAAGCGUAGAGGUAUUAUUAGCAAAAUGUACUGCAAAAAUUCAAGUAUUCAUUCUGCAGAAAAAUGGCUUUUACUCGCUUCAAACAACAUUUGUCGUAUCGUUCUUGUUUCCUGUCAUGAUAGAGCUCUACAACACAUACGGAAAAAGAGAAACCAAACAUUUGGUGAGCUCUGUGAAAAUCUGCAGCUUUAUUAAGCAAUAGCUGUAAAACAAAAUCAAGUUCUGCUUUAAAGCAAAUGUAGAGACAGUUUACAGAACUGUGUACUGUUUUUUCUGUAUGUUUUGCCACAAGCAUGAUUUAAUGUGUUUAUCAAGCAACAGGACUGAGUAAUCUCACAAAGCAUUACACCGAUUAUAAACACAACGUAAUGACUGACUUACAACAGAAAGCAGAUGUAAUUGAACAACAAAUUCAAAAAAGGUGAUACCAGCCCUUUUAGUUUUUUACACAUCAGAAAAAAUGUACUUUUGUUCUCUCGAGUCCUGACGGCACACAUGGUAAUUGUAAUCAAAUGUCUUAAGCACUGAAUUUCAACAUAAAAUAAAUGAAACGACACAAAACAUGAAAAAUAAAAGAAAUGAGCCUUCAAGGAUGUUUUUACACAGAAAAACAGAUGCUGCUCUGACAUGUUCUGACAGCACAGAGGGAGUCCUACUGUUUAGUUCUUCUUGACUGGCUCUCUGUCCCUCUCUCCAGACCCGGCUCAUCUCCCCCUGCAGACCACGUACUCUCCUCCAGCUCCCCAGACCUGCCAUUCCCUACCUGUCCACCAGAUGCCCUCGGACCUUCCCAGCGGUCCCACUCACCUGACUCUCAUUCACCUGCUCACCUGUUUCCACUUUCCCUAAUCAGCCCUGCUGUACAUAUACCAGCCUCUUUUCCCCAGGUAGUUGCUAUUAGUCAGUGUUGUGCUUCAUAGGUUUGCGUCCCUUCUCCUGGGAUUUUUACGUCUCCUGUGCAACCUGAAACUUGUACCUGGCCUCCCCCUUUUUCCUGCCUUAAACCAGUUUCCUGUGGAUCAUCAGUUACUUCUGUUUGGACGUCUUACCAGUGACAUAAUCCAUAACAAGCAUAAUCAGUGCCGGGGCCCCUCAACUCAGGAACGACCUGCUGGAGAUCAGGUAGGCCGACUGUCUUUGUUUACAUCUCUCUUAGAAACAGGAUACGCUGGUAACUAUAAUCUAAAAUAAAGAAAAUAAACUAGCAAUCUUUUUUUAAGGAUCUUUUCCUAAACCUGGCCACGUAAUUUUGUUACCUAUACAGGCUCUGCACUGCAGGUGCUUGCGCAGGCUCACCGGUCGCUCCUGUUGUUGGAUAUUUGUAGAAGAAGGCACAAGAAAAGAGAAAUCACUUUUCAGAAGAUAAAUGAACGGUAUGAGGAUAUGUUGCAUUGUCCAAAAGCUAAUAAAAACACACAAAUGAACCAUACUGUUUCGUUUGUUGACGUGUUUCCACGUUAAGAAUGAUUAUAAACAUUUGCAUUAUUUAUUUUGAGUCAAUCUCACACACGCACACAGACAUGCUGCUGUAAAUACUCGCUAAUGUGUAUUAAUCCUCAGCUGAAAAUACUUUACCAACAAAUGCAGUGUUUACUUAUGUUUGAGUAACGUUUGCUAAAAAAAAAAAAUUGUUUUGUGUCUUUCUGAUUUCUUGACAAUCACAAAAUAUAGAAUAACACAGGCCUUGUUAUUGAUUUAAGGAGCAGUUGAAUAACUUGUAUCAGGGUGUGAUAAGAAGUUUACUAAAAGGAAGUUAAAUGCAAGUUACAGAAUACCAUCUUUAAGAGUAAGUACAGUAAAAGCCAACCAUCCCUCUUAAGCACUUGACAUCUCCGGGAUGCUGUGUGUUCGUCAUUGGAUGGAGGUGUACCAUCUCUGGAUGAUUUGAGCUUGACCUCCGAGUAGACCUUAUGUAUAUGUGAGAGAGAGUGUUUUAAGGAUGGUACUUUAGUGCUAUGUGAUUCCCAUCAAGUUGAAUUGUUAAAAACAAAUGCACAAAACGAUCUAAAAAUCAAUUCAACUACAAUUUAAAGAUGUCGCCUCAAACCAACUCCGAGCUCACCUUGUCUCUUUCACUCGCACAUCACUGGGCCGCCU